UUUUCACUCUCUCUUACUUCAUUUUCUCUUUUCCUUCACUCUAAGGAAACCAAAUGGACAUGGUUGAUCAGAACGGCCUGCCUCAUCUCCGGCGUUCUCUACCAAUGAGAACCCAUUUUCCGGUACCCCAUCCUGAACCCACUGAACCAUACUUUGCUCACAUAAACAUGGCUUCACCUUCACCAGUUCCAUACCAUGAACCCUUCAUGGCACCAUUGCCAAACCGUUUGGUUAGGUUUAGCCAUAAUCAUUACCCAAGUGCUUCACCCACCACUGGUGUUGCUGCUUCAGCUUCUAUUCCUAGUGCAACGACACUGUUUGGAGGUCCCCGAUGGGGAAACAUCACGAAUGGCGGAAACAGUCGAUGGCCUAGACAAGAGACUCUCACUUUGCUUGAGAUCAGAAUCAGACUUGAUCCUAAGUUCAAAGAAGCCAAUCAAAAAGGUCCAUUGUGGGAUGAACUCUCUAGAAUAAUGGCUGAGGAAUAUGGGUACCAAAGAAGUGGGAAGAAAUGUAGAGAAAAAUUUGAGAAUCUCCACAAAUACUACAAGAAAACCAAACAACGUAAAGCUGGGAGACAAGAUGGCAAAAACUACAGGUUUUUCCGACAACUUGAACUCCUUUACGGUGAAACAACGGAUCAAUGUCCGACUGUUCUUUAUCAGACAUCAAACAACCCAAUGAACCAAAGAAACCACCAUGAAGAAGAAAAGAAACCAAGUGAUCAAAGCCUUGGUGUUUCCAAUUCAUCUGAAUUCGAGACUUCAUCGUCCGAAAACAAUGCCGACAACGAAGUUUCGGCUUUUACGAAGGUGAAGGACUUUAUGGAAUCACAAAUGAAUAAACUGAUUGAUUCACAAGAUGUUUGGAUGGAAAGAAUGUUGAAAGCCAUUGAAGAUAAAGACCAAGAGAGAUUAUCUAAAGAAGAAGAAUGGAGGAGACAAGAGACAGCUUUGUUGGAUAAAGAACAUGAAAUUUGGGUUAAGGAAAGAGCUUGGGUUGAAGCUCGUGAUUUUGCUUUAAUGGAAGUUGUUAAGAAUUUUACAAGGAAAAGAGUACUAGAAGUUUCAUCAUCAUCAUCUUCAGCUGAAAGGCCUGUGGGAUACACUCAACAAGGAAUCUCAAGCUUGAUACACAGUUUAGGGCAAGCUUGGAACCAAGAUUCCAGUAACAUAUGAAACAAGUUUAGCUCUUUUUCCUUUCUUUUGUCUCUCUAAUCUAUUGUAGUAAUAUUGUACCGAAAGAGCUUUAAACUAUUGGUUAUGGCCGAUGGUAGGUUUUUAUAUCUUGAUCUCUGCAUGGAAUUAGCAUUGUGUAUGGAUGGUUGACUAAUUUUUGUAUGAAAUUAACUGAUUAGUAAAAGGAUUUCUCUAGCUA